AUGAAGAUUGUUCACAGAGAUUUUGUUCGUAAUGGACCCGGAAGCAUUAAGAUGGUGGCGGAGGACUCUGAUGAUCUCUGGUAUGCUUAUAAUCUGAUUGCCACCGGUGAUAGUGUAAUGGCUGUCACCUUCAGAAAGGUUCAGAGAGACCUACCUGGUGGGGGAAGAGACUCUGAACGUGUUAGACUGAAGCUGGAAGUACAAGUUGAGGACGUGGACUAUGACAAAGAUGGAGGUGUUUUGCGGAUACGUGGGAAGAAUACUCUGGAGAAUGAGCACGUUAAGAUUGGCGCAUUCCAUACCUUGGAGCUUGAGCUGAAACGACCUUUUGUAUUGAGAAAGGUAGUGUGGGACUCGUUGGCUCUUGAGACAAUCAAGCAGGCCGCAGAUCCUGCUGCCAGUGCUGAUCUAGCUAUAGUUCUAAUGCAAGAAGGACUUGGACAAAUCUUCCUUGUCGGCAGAAGUGUGACAAGUAGCCGUGCACGAGUAGAGACAUCAAUUCCUAGAAAGCAUGGGCCUGCAAUUGCUGGUUACGAGUCUGCUUUGAAGAAAUUCUUUGAGAAUGUUUUGCAGGCCUUUCUGAAAUAUGUUGACUUCAGUGUCGUUCGCUGUGCGGUGAUCGCAAGUCCCGGCUUUACAAAGGAUCAGUUUCAUCGUCACUUACUACUGGAAGCAGAAAGAAGACAGCUGAGACCUAUUAUUGAGAACAAAUCACGUAUAAUUCUGGUGCACACAAACUCUGGAUAUAGACAUAGCCUUGGAGAGGUUCUGAAUGCUCCAAACGUGAUGAAUAUGAUCAAAGAUACUAAAGCAGCAAAAGAGGUCAAAGCUCUCAACGAUUUCCGCGACAUGCUUUCAAGUGAUCCACAUCGGGCAUGCUAUGGACCAAAACAUGUGGAAGUCGCUAAUGAACGAAUGGCAGUCCAAAUACUUCUCAUCACGGAUGAGCUAUUCAGGAAUUCUGACGUAAAAACGAGGAAGAAGUAUGUGGAUUUGGUGGAGUCGGUGAAGAAUUCAGGAGGAGAAGCUUUCAUAUUUUCGUCCAUGCAUGUUUCAGGGGAACAAUUGGCACAGCUCACUGGAAUUGCAGCUCUGCUCAGGUUCCCUUUACCAGACCUCGAUGACAUUGAGAUGUAA